GAAAGGCGGCGGCGCAGAGGAGGGUUAUCUAUACGUUUAAAAACGAGCUGCCUGCGCUGCGCACCUGCGAAGAUCCGGCCGCACGCACGGGACGCGAGCGCCCAGCGCUUCUCAGCGUGCAAGGCUCACCACCCCUUGGCCUCCUACGUUACAAGUCCCCGGACUCCAGAAGAUCUGGAACGGGUGCCCUGCGCGUCGGGGCCUGGAACAGGCGCCCCGCAGGUGGAUGCGGGCGCGAUGGACGGCGGCACACUGCCAGAACUCGUGCCUUCCUCGCCUGCAGUCCCUGUCGCCUCCGCUGCCGGGCAGAGAUCCACAUCACCGGAACUGCUGCGCUGCAGCAGGCGGCGGAGGCCGGGCGCGGCCGAGUCUGGGGGCUGCGCGGCGGCCGUAGCGCGGCGCAACGAGCGCGAACGCAACCGCGUGAAGUUGGUGAACUUGGGCUUCCAGGCGCUGCGGCAACAUGUGCCGCACGGCGGCGCCAGCAAGAAGCUGAGCAAAGUGGAGACGCUGCGCUCGGCGGUGGAGUACAUCCGCGCUUUGCAACGCCUGCUGGCUGAGCACGAUGCGGUACGCGCUGCGCUGGCCGGGGGGCUGCUGGCACCAGCCACGCGUGUCCCGGUUUCCUGUGAGCUUCCUGAGACCUCUCCCACCGCCACUUCGCCCUCUUGCUCUUCUUCGUGCCCGGGGGGAGAAGGCAGCUCUGAACCCGAGUCUCCGCGUUCCGCCUACUCCUCGGAUGACAGUGGCUGCGAGGGCGAGUUGAGCCCCGCGGAGCGUGACUUGCUCGACUUAUCUAGCUGGUUAGGGGGCUACUGAGCGCCCUCGACUCCGAGCGCAGACCUGGACACCUGGCGGCAGGAACGCCUGUCACCUGGAACCCGUCAUGGGGACCCUUUCGGGCUCUGUCCCCACCUAACGGGGGAUUCACCAACGCUGUCCGUCCUGUCUAGCCUGACAAGUGCUUUAUGGAACCAGCCUGCCUAGCCCCGCUGGAUUGACAGCUUCCGCCGGUCCUCCCCAGCACCUGAAGGUUUUUACAGAGAGGAUUUUACAAGGACAAGGAAAUCUUUUUCUUUUCCAUUUUUUUUUUUUAAUGCAUUAAAUUGAACUUCUGGAGGGACUCCUUAAAAUAGGAAGACUUAUUUUUGUACAAAAUAGCCUUAGGCUUGGAGCACAAUAAAGAUUGUCUAUAUUCCCACUGCCUACCCCACA